CAGCAAUUGAUACUACAACUCCCACAAAUCUUUGCGGACUUUCGCUCGUUGCGGGCAAUAUGGCGUCUUUGUAAAGCGUAAAUACAUCGCAAGUGUUUUUAUUGACGAUUGAUUAAGAUGGCAGCUGACUCAAAUGACAGAAAAGAUGCUGAAUCCUCUGGGACCAAGGACAGAGAGAGGAAACGCAGCCGCUCACGAGAACGAGAUCGUAAGGCCUCACCUUCACGGAAACGCCAUCGAUCACGUGAGCGCAAUCGUUCUAAAUCUGCAGAAAGAGACCGUCGUAUGAAAGAUAAGGACAGAGAUAAGGAACGAGAUAGAGACAAGGACAGAGAAAGGAGCCGCAAAGACAGAGAUGGCCACAGACGUGAUAAAGAUCGUAGCAAAAGGUCCAGGAGUCUCUCACCCAAAUCAAAGGACAUAAAGACAAAGAGAGAGAAAGAUAUAAAAACAGAAGAGGAGGAAGAUGAUAAAAAGAAGAAAGAAAAGGUACAGCCGCUCUCUUUGGAAGAGCUUCUAGCCAAGAAGAAGGCAGAAGAGGAAGCAGAAGCAAAGCCUAAGUUCCUCUCAAAAGCUGAACGUGAAGCUGAGGCUAUCAAGCGACGGGAGCUACAAAUGGAGGAAAGGAAGAAGAUGAUUGAUGAGGAGCGAAAGAAGAGAAGAAUGUUCCAGGACAUGGGACGCAAGAUGCUUGAGGAUCCUCAGGAAAGAGAGAGACGAGAGCGAAGAGAGCGGAUGGAACGGGAGAACAACGGGAAUGAGGAAGAUGAUGGAAGACAGAAGCUCAGAGAGGAAAAAGAUAAGAGCAAAGAACUCCAGGCUAUCAAGGAGCGUUACCUUGGCGGUCUCAAAAAACGGCGGAGGACACGCCACCUCAAUGACAGGAAGUUUGUGUUUGAGUGGGAUGCGUCUGAAGAUACAUCAGUGGACUACAACCCAAUUUACAAAGAAAAGCACCAGGUUCAACUGUACGGGCGAGGCUUCAUCGCUGGCAUCGAUUUGAAGCAACAGAAAAGGGAGCAGUCACGUUUCUAUGGCGACCUGAUGGAAAAGAGGCGCACACUGGAAGAGAAGGAGCAGGAAGAGACGAGGUUGAAGAAGAUGCGUAAGAAGGAAGCUAAACAGCGCUGGGAUGACAGACACUGGUCUCAGAAGAAGCUGGAUGAGAUGACAGACAGAGACUGGCGAAUCUUCAGAGAGGACUACAGCAUUACCACCAAGGGAGGGAAGAUCCCGAACCCCAUCAGGAACUGGAAGGAAUACCCACUGCCCGCACACAUCCUGGAGGUCAUCGACAAGUGUGGCUACAAGGAUCCUACGCCUAUUCAGAGGCAGGCCAUUCCCAUUGGUUUACAGAACCGUGACAUCAUUGGUGUGGCAGAAACGGGUAGCGGUAAAACAGCAGCUUUCCUGAUUCCACUGCUGGUCUGGAUUACCACCCUGCCAAAAAUUGACAGGAUCGAAGACUCUGAUCAGGGUCCGUACGCCGUUAUUCUGGCUCCCACUCGUGAGUUGGCGCAGCAGAUUGAAGAGGAGACCAUAAAGUUUGGUAAACCACUUGGCAUCCGAACAGUGGCUGUGAUUGGAGGUAUCUCCAGAGAGGACCAGGGCUUCCGUCUCAGGAUGGGAUGCGAGAUUGUGAUUGCCACCCCUGGUCGUCUCAUCGACGUGUUGGAGAACCGCUACUUAGUCCUGGGCCGCUGCACCUACGUGGUCCUGGAUGAGGCUGAUCGUAUGAUUGACAUGGGCUUCGAGCCUGACGUCCAGAAGAUCCUGGAGUACAUCCCAGUGACCAAUCAGAAACCAGACACGGAUGAAGCCGAGGACCCUGAGAAGAUGACGAUGAACUUUGAAUCAGGAAAACAUAAAUACAGACAAACGGUCAUGUUUACUGCUACUAUGCCUCCAGCUGUGGAGAGGCUGGCGAGAAGCUACCUGAGGCGUCCCGCCGUCGUCUACAUCGGCUCUGCUGGCAAACCUCAUGAGAGAGUCGAACAGAAGGUCCUGCUUAUGUCAGAGGGAGAGAAAAGGAAGAAGCUUCUGGAGGUGUUGGCUCAUGGCUUCGAGCCUCCCAUCAUCAUCUUCGUCAACCAAAAGAAGGGUUGCGACGUUCUGGCCAAGUCUCUGGAAAAGAUGGGGUACAAUGCCUGCACAUUGCACGGUGGCAAAGGCCAGGAGCAGAGAGAGUUCGCAUUGUCCAAUCUCAAAGCUGGAGCCAAAGAUAUCCUGGUGGCCACAGACGUUGCUGGUCGAGGUAUUGAUAUCCAGGACGUCUCCAUGGUCAUUAACUACGACAUGGCCAAGAACAUCGAAGACUACAUCCAUCGUAUCGGCCGUACUGGUCGUGCGGGUAAGAGCGGCGUGGCCAUGACCUUCCUCACCAAAGAGGACUCAGCGGUGUUUUACGACCUGAAGCAGGCCAUCCUGGAGAGCCCGGUCUCCACCUGCCCUCCGGAGCUGGCCAACCACCCAGACGCUCAGCACAAACCCGGAACCAUCCUGACCAAGAAGAGACGCGAGGAGACCAUUUUUGCCUGAUUCAUCCAGGCCGUUUCUGUACAAACUGGACAGUUCGACACACACCAACUGUUGUAUCAUCAUCUGCCCUUAUCGACCCUAUUCCACGUUUAGGCUCUGGUUGCGUAUUUUAUCCACUUUUGUAUUGUUUCUUGUUUUGUCUCUUGUACUGUCAGUCUGUGUGGUGACGCUCCCCCCUACCUGACAGGAACAAGAACAUCACUGGCGUUGGGAUGUUAAGCAUCAAACGCAGUUCUCCUGAAUGAAUCUGGCUAUGUUUUUACAGUUGGAAUAGGUGUAAAGAUGUGGUAAAUGGUAGAUUUUUAAGUUUUUGUAACAAACAGUAAUAACCGAACUGCACUGUAAAAAGAAUCUGUCAUAAUUUUCAGUUGUGAUGAAAACCAGCCAAGAUGUGAGUCUGGAUUUUUUUCCUACUUUGUUGUAAUAUGAAGCUUUAUUUGUCUGUUUAAGAGAUCAGUGAACUUUAAGGCCAUUAGUUUGAAUUCGGAUACAUAUUGUCACUAAGGACAUUUUCACCUCAAAGACUGAGCCACACAUAAUGUUUUUGUUAGUUUGUAUACAUUUCAUGGACUUUUGUGUCCUGCCAUCAGUCCGCUUUGAAUAGUAGCGUGACUGCAAAACUAAAUGACUGGCGAUAAAAAGCAUCUCCUGACUUAAAAUGUUUAAUAACUUUUAAGCCACUGAUCCUACAUGUAGAGUUUUAGUGGCAUCAGAUGUGUCUUAUUUGGUGCUUCAGAGACUCUGUAGUCAACAUGGAAACACUGCCAUCUUCUACAACAAUUUGUCAGUAAAACCCAUGUAGUUUGACACAGCUGUGGAUGUAGAUAUGUUUUGCUGAAAAGAUCAAUUUUACUUUAGUUUUCUCUGUUCUGUUUUUCUAUAAACAUCUAUGGAUCAGUACAUCAAAUACAGGAAAAUGAAAAAUAUUGUAAUAAAUACUGAUAAAUCACUUUGUAAAGGUUAAAUGUUGAGCAAAAAUCAUUUGGAAGUUGCCACAAAAAUAGUUCUUUAAGGGGUAAUCUAUGUAACGGAACAAAAACAUGAACUUUGGUUUGGUCUUUCACGUGUGAAAAUGCCCUAAAUUACUGUGCAUCACUUUGGAAUGAUGUGAAUCCAGAUGUGAACGAGUGACGUCUCUCAUCACUGUUUAAAUAAAAGGUGUGUGAAAGACUA